AUGUCUGAGCGUGCGACAUCCGACAGUGGCCAUACACCUCAAGAUUAUUAUUCCAGUUUUCCCCAGAGGCCUAAUCUCCAAGAUGAAUUCCGCGACAUCGAUGACGCCAGCAACCUGAAGUCUUAUCGAGCUCGUUUGCAAGACCCUCAGACAAGAAAUUUCGUGCUCGACUUUGGCAAUGACGAAGCAUGGUGUGCAGUGAACUUGGAUCAGGAAGACAUAGCGCUACUGCUGCGCAAGCCAAAACCGAAAUGUUUCGGUAGUCGGUGGAUCAACAUAUGGGCUCCCGAGCAGCAGAAGGACCUGAUUAAGUCGAUUACUAGCCAUUAUGGCGUGUCUGAAAGACUACAGGGCAUGAUGUGCACAGACCCGGUCGAGCGUCCAUCGAAACCUCCGGCCCCUGCUGAGCCUUCCCGAACCAGCUUCCAUUCGAGACACCGCGACAGAUUGCACUCGAGUCGGCUAAAUGAUAUCGAAGAAGGCAACGCUCUGAUGAAUUUGAAGAAUCCCGAAGAAAUUGGCGCUCUGGCGGCGUUUAGGGGGCUGACAUUUGCCCACGUCAUUGAUCAAAUCUGGCACUUUUGUUCGGUGGAUUAUGGACCUAGGUAUACCUGUGUUGGGUACAAUUCAAUCUAUGUGAUUCCGGGUCAUGAGACGGACAAUGGAAAGGAUCUACCUGAUGGCAGACGUUUAUGGUCUUGGUUGAUUCUAUGCGAUGAUGGCACUGUCAUAUACAUGCAAGAGAAUCCAUUUCCUGGGUUAUCGGGCCCGUCGGAGAAAGAGAUUAAAGCUGUCCUCGGUGUGGUCCGUCGGAACUUGCAAAUCAUCUUCUCCGGGGUCUCCAAGUACCAUUCCACAUCCUCAGAGAGCGAGUCCUUGGUUACAAUCAGAGUACGGCCGUCCCCUGAGACUGGCUCGGGUCAGACGAAUAUCAGACAAGAAGAUGGGCCUAGUUUACUCUUCUACUAUAUCUUUGAUGACUGGGUGUCAUCUUAUGCGCUUGUGGCGAAACGUGAGCACAAAUAUGGUGUGGCUUUGGAGCGGUUGAGAAGACAUAUGUUAACGAAGCCAAUCGUGGACCUAGUCGAUGAAUUGCAUUGGCUGGGAAGGCGACUGGCGGUCCUGAAACGUCUGUACCAGAGCUACGAGCUCAUAAUGAUGCGGAUCCUGCAACGGCAGCGAUCGAUUCAUGAUAAAGUGCAUUACAGCCAGCCUCAAGUUGCUCUUGGGCAAACGUUCGGAGACAACGACGCUGAUGACGUUCAACAGCAAGCCACACAGAGCAGCUUUAGCCUUUCGACCAUUUUAGACGACUCAGUCGGCGUGCCUCUGAGCUCUACAGCGGUCGCGCGAUUUGAGAGGCUGAUUGACCGGAUUAAGUUGUAUUGUCUCUCUGAGAUUGAGACAUGCUUGACGGAGAAAGAGAAUCUGACUUUCUUGAAUUUCAACUUGAUCGCGCUCAAAGAUUCCCAGGCUGUAGAGAAAUUGACCAGGAUCACGAUUCUCUUAGCGAAAGUGACAAUCCUGUUCCUACCGGUCAGUCUCAUGACGGCGUACUUUUCGACAGAACUCCAAAAUGUCAAGGGAGAGUACACAAUCACACAGUACUGGGUCAGCUUUGCCGUAAUUAUGUUCCUGUCUUUUAUAUCGCUUGUCUUCUUCGGGUAUGUCAGUGACACCGUGGAGGGGAAGCCGAUCUACGAAUCGUUGUUCCAGAAACUCUUUCGGGUGUCUCGAAGCAGAAUCUCGCACAAUCGCAAAGACUUACGGGACGACUAA